AUGCUCAUCAAAGAGUACCGUAUCCUGUUACCGAUGACGGUACAGGAAUACCGCAUCGCUCAGUUGUAUAUGAUACAGAAGAAAAGCAGACUGGAUUCACAUGGUCAAGACUCUGGAGUUGAAAUAAUCAGCAAUAAACCGUAUACAGAUGGUCCUGGGGGAAGUGGGCAGUAUACUUUCAAGAUAUAUCAUAUUGGAAGCCGUAUUCCCGCAUGGAUUCGGACGGUGUUACCAACGAAUGCAUUAGAAGCACACGAAGAAGCAUGGAAUGCAUAUCCGGUGACUAAAACACGAUACUCAACACCAAUGAUGGAUAGAUUCAGUCUGGAAGUAGAAACACUUUAUUUCGAUGAUUACGGACAACAGGAGAAUGUGUUCAAUCUGAAUGAGAAAGACAAAGCAAACCGAAUAAUCGAUUAUAUGGAUUUUGUGAAGGACACCAUGUCAUCUCAUGAUUAUUGUGUUGAAGAAGAUCCCAAAUUGUAUCAUUCCGAAAAGACCGGACGAGGACCAUUGAAUGACGAUUGGGUGUCGGAGCAUCGGAAGAAAGGAUUACCAAUUAUGUGUGCGUAUAAAUUAUGUAAAGUUGAGUUUCGAUACUGGGGUAUGCAAACGAGAGCAGAGCGAUGGAUUCAUGAUUUGGCGUUGAGAAACACUAUGAUGAGGGCACAUCGUCAGGCGUGGGCGUGGCAAGAUGAAUGGACUGGUCUCACGAUGAAUGAUAUCCGGAAGUUGGAAGCGGAAGCAGCUUUGCAUUUGAGUAAAGUGAUGGCGGUGAAGGAGAAUGAAGAUGGAAAAAAUGAGGAAAAUGAUACGGAUGAAGAUGAUGGGGAUGCUGUAUCCGAUGAUCUUUAUUUUGAUUGUUGUGACACGUCACCUAUUCCAACACAGAAACCAUCGAUUAUUAGAUGGAGCAGUGAGCUGGAACUAGAGAUUCAAGAUGAUAACUCUCCUCCCCUCACCCCACACAAUGGUUCCACCGAUAUUGCACUUCUGAUUAUGGUAUUCCAUGGCGACUUCUCUCCUGAUAAUCCCGCAGACUCCAAGACAACUGACACCAAUACAUUCGGUUCAACCAUAGAAACAUGUGUCCAACGUCAUUAUCCCCAGCUUCGGAAUCGACUGCACAUUGUAAACGUAUCAUGUGGUUGUGAAAUGACUCAAGUUGUUAGUAAACUUGCAAACGUAUCUCCAAGCUUUGGACUAUUACACCCAUCAUUAUCUCUGAUGCUUCCAUCUGCCAAUCAUUUGUAUAAUGAAGCAGUUGAAGGAACGAUUCGCAGAGCAAAUGAUACAUACAACGAUUUCAUCGCAUCCCAACCAUUGUUCAACGGAGAAGUUUUUGUUGUUGGAGACUGUGUCGGUGGGAUAUUUCUAUAUGAAGCCAUGACCAGAAAAUGUGAUUCGAUAUCAUUCUUAAAGAGGUUAUCAUCAAAUGUUUCCUCGAGAAUUAUCAAAGAGGAUCAAUCCCCUCAUCAUUCGAUGACUGAUAUCACAAUAACUGAUACCUCAUCAGUCUCCUCUCACACCCAAUCCGUUCGUGAUCACUCUUCUCUUCAAAAUGGUCAUUCUUCUCGCCGAUCCGCUCGUAAUUACUCCGCCCCACCAUCGGCGUCGUACGUGCGUAAGAAGAUAUCUUUGGUGUCGGUUGAUUCUGUCAGUUUUGGAGCAUCGAGACUCAACUUCCAGCCAAGCACAAUAUUUCUUCUGGGAUGCCCAUUAGGAUUGACGCUGAUGCAAAGAAAAUUGGAGGGAGCUGAAAUUGAUGGCUUCGAUUGUCAACUUUUCAAUCUCUACUACCCGUUGGAUCCCUGCGGAGCUCGAAUCGAACCAGUUCUUGACUCACAACUGGCCUGUGUUCCUCCAUAUGCUGUUCCAAAAUACCAAAGAUAUCCACUGGGCGAUGGAAAACCGCAAAAGUUUGAAGAAACAAUCGACACAUCUCAAAUGUGGGGAAGUAAACGAAUUGAUAAUCUACUGUAUUGCCCACAAUCAAUGGUUGCACUCCCUUCUUCUGCUCUCCCGAAUAUUCUUCAUGCAUCUUAUUGGGAAUCUUGUGACGUGGCUUCAUUCCUCCUCCGACAAUUUGUUCGAGGAGAGGAAUGCGUUCUAACAACACUUUCAUCAAGUAUGAACAAUAUUCCACUUAAUAUUGAUUUACCAACAAUGCAUUGGAAAAGGAGAAGGACACGAUUCAAGAUUGCAAAUCUCUCAGCCAAUCAUAGAGCCAAUGACAUACUUGUUACUGCUGGAAUGGAUCUCACCCUCACUGCAAAAUUCUGUUAUGGACCAAUGGAUUUGGUUGCAUUAUCUCGUGAACCAGUAUCUGUAUUUGUUUGUCCACAACGUGGAGAUUGGUAUCUUCAUGGAGUUUUUGACACGGAUUCGCAUGGUCGAUUGACGAUUCAACUGGCAAAAACUCUUCCUUGCGGAAUCCAUUCUGUAAAAAUAGUUGUUCAUGGAGAUAGAUCAUAUCUUGACACUUUUGUUGCUAUUGUUCCACAUGGGACUAAAUGUGCAGUCUUCUCUGUUGAUGGAUCAUUGACUGCAUCUGUCUCAGUGACUGGAAAGGAUCCACGUGUUAGACCAGGAGCUGUGGAUGUUGUCAGAUAUUGGCAGGAACAAGGAUAUCUUAUCAUUUAUCUGACUGCUCGUCCCGAUAUGCAACAGCGAGUCGUAUCUGCCUGGCUGGCUCAACAUAACUUCCCACACGCUCUUCUAUUUUUCAACAAUUCCUUCUCAACAGAACCACUCAAACAGAAAUCUCUUCAUCUUCGUCAUAUCGUUGAUAUGGGUGUCCAUAUCCACGUGGCAUAUGGCAGCAGUAAAGAUGUUUCAGUGUACACGUCAGCUGGCGUGGAUCCAGAACACGUCAUCUCGGUGACUGGAUCCAGAAGAAGGAAUUGUGUACAGAUAGAAAGUUACUCAUCUCACUUAUCAGCUUUAAACUCAGGACAAUGUACAUUAGGUCAACGAAUUGAAGACGAUGGAUUGACACUUUCUUUACAUAGAAACGUACAACGAACACCUUCUUUCACUCCACGUGGUGGAAAGUUUGAAAACGAAAAAGAUCGUCGGUAG